CGGCUCCUCCUCCCCGAGCCGCUCUAUUGCCAGACCGCGGGGCUGAGCGGGACCCAGGAAUGGUGCGGGACAGCAGGGCAGGCACGCCAAACUGAGGAGGAGGGAAAACAAGGCCCCAGCAAGAAGGUUUUUUCGGGAGCAUCCCGCCCAUAUAGGGGUGCUAUGGAGAACGAGCAGAGCUCAGCGUCCUGUGGAGUGAGCAGUAUGGGUUCCGGUAACGCCAACCCCAACCCCAACACCAGCACCAACACCAUCCCCAACCCCAACACCAGCACCAGCACCAGCACCAGCACCAACACCAACACCAUCCCCAACCCCAACACCAGCACCAGCAACGGCAGGCCUACCGUACCCCAGAUAUCUGUCUACAGCGGGAUCCCCGAUCGACAGACUGUACAGGUGAUCCAGCAGGCCCUGCACAGGCAGCCCAGCACGGCUGCGCAGUAUCUGCAGCAGAUGUACGCAGCGCAGCAGCAGCACCUCAUGCUGCAGACCGCAGCCCUGCAGCAGCAGCAGCUCAGCAGCGCACAGCUACAGAGCCUGGCCGCCGUGCAGCAGGCCAGUCUCGCAGCGGGUCGGCAGAACUCCACCCAGAAUGGAACCUCAACCCAGCAAACGGGAUCCACGACUCAAACCACCAUUAAUCUGGCUGCCUCUCCUGCGGCCGCUCAGCUAAUCAGUCGAGCUCAGAGCGUUAGCUCCGCCCCCGCAGGGAUUACCCAGCAGGCCGUGCUCCUGGGAAACGCCUCCAGCCCCACCCUCACCGCCAGUCAGGCGCAGAUGUACCUGCGCGCCCAGAUGCAGAGACGUGGCAGAGCAGCAGUUAAUGGAGAGGGAAUGCAGUGGACGGAGUAUUUAACGCUCAUCUUCACCCCGACCGCCACCGUCGCCACCGUCCAGCCUGAGGCCACAGCGCAGCCUGCUGGACAAGCCGCCACAGCGCAGGUACAGAACCUGGCCCUCCGCAGCCAGCAGGGGGCGCCAGCGGUCUCUACCUCCCAGCCCCAGAUCCAGGGCCUGAGCCUCAAACAGACCCCUGCGGGCCCCCAGCUGUCCCUGUCCGGCCUGGCACCACCCCCACCCCCGGCCCAGCUGAAGACCCCCGGGCAGGGGCUGCAGGGCCCCGGGGCGGGGGGGAAAGGGCCGGGGAACGAGGCCCUCGCGGAGGGGGGCGUGAGGAAGGGGGAGGGCCCCACCGAGCUGGUGACCCGCGUGGUCAACGUGAGCCGGAACGUGACGUCCGUGACCAAUCACCACCUCAUUACUCCCGCUUACACACAGAUCCAGCCGCACCAGUUGCUGCAGCAGCACAAGCAGCAGCAGUUUGUGAUCCAGCCCCAGCGGGGUCCAACACCCCUGCUCCAGAACCAGAACCAGAACCAGGCCCAGCUACAGCUCCCGGCUCAGGCCCUGCCGAUCCAGCCUGGCCCCGCCUCCCAGUGCGCCGUCCCGGUUCUGCCCAAACUGCCUGUCCCAGCGCACCAGGCCACCAUCUUCCACUCCCAAGCCCCGCCCAAAUCCCAGCCCGUUCAGCUGACCGCGGUCAACCUGCAGAUCCAGCCUGCUCCGGCACCGGCACCGGCACCGGCACCGACACCAACACCGCCAGUGACAUCAGCACCAACACCAACGCCAACACCGGCACCAACACCAGCACUGGCCGCGCGGGUGGUCCAGGACGCUACCGGCAAAGACCAACCGACUCCGCUGGUCGUCAGGGAGACCGGCCCCGGCUCUCGGCAGCCCAUGUCUGCGCCCCCCCAGGGGGUCACCCCCACCCCUGAGCGGCUCAGAUCCGACUCCAGCAAGCUGGCCCCUCGGGAGCAAGAUUCGGGCGGUACAGAGGGGCUGAAUGCUAAGGCCGGCGGGGGCAGACAUUCGGCCAUGACCUCCGGGAACGGAAACGGCGGGCCCACCGUGGCCGGCAGCACGCCGCAGAACGGCGAGAGCAAGCCGCCCCAGGCGAUCGUGAAGCCGCAGAUCCUGACCCACGUCAUCGAGGGCUUCGUCAUUCAGGAGGGAGCCGAGCCUUUCCCCGUGGAGCGCCCGUCUCAGCUCCUGGAGAACCUGAAGAAGCAGAAGCCGGCGGUGCAGCCGGACUCCGAGAAGCUCCCGCCCAAUGCCCCCGCUGCCAACGCCAUCGUCACCGACGCCGAGAUGGAGGACCUGAGCCAGCCGGAGCUGAAGGAGCAGGAGGCGGACCCCAUGCUGAAGUGUGAGCUCUGCGGGCUGGUGGACUUCGCCAGCAACUUCAAACGCUCCAAGCGCUUCUGCUCCACCGUGUGCGCCAAAAGGUACAGCGUUCGGUGCUCUAAGAGGAUGGGCCUGAUCCACCCGGACCGGAGCAAAACAGAGAAGUACAAGAAGGGCCGAUCGCGUGGCAACGCCACCCCAGCCACGGAGACCAAGAAACAGCCGCCCUCGGCCCCCCCGCAGUCAGCGGGGGCGGCAGCGUCGCCGCGGCCCCCGUCCCACGCCCGGCAGGGGGGGUCCAGCCAGUGUUCGGACAUGUCCAGCUACGAGGAGCCCCCCUCCCCCCUGUCAGCAGCCAGCUCCGGGGUCCCGCGCCCCCACGGCGAGCGAGGGGCGGACCCCGGGGAGGGCCACGCCCACGAGCUGCCCCUCCUCACCCAGCACUUCCUGCCCAGCGACCCCGCCCAGUGGAACGUGACGGACGUGUACGAGUUCAUCUGCUCCCUCCCAGAUUGCCAGGAGAUCGCAGAGGAGUUCCGGUCUCAGGAGAUUGACGGACAGGCCCUGCUCCUGCUGAAGGAGGACCACCUCAUGAGCGCCAUGAACAUCAAGCUGGGACCAGCGCUCAAGAUCUUCGCCCGAAUCAGCCAGCUCAAAGACUCAUAGCGCCCCCCCCCCCCCACACCACCCCCAGAAACCUCUGCACUGAUCACAGCUGCUCUCCUGUCUGAGUCUCCACGUGGCAGUGCCACAGACGUGAAAGACAGGUGUCAAUCAGCCUGGAAGAGGCUCUGUUUGGAAGCCCCCCCCCCUCCCCCCCAGGAGUACGUCUCCCGAGCUCUGAAACGUAUACACUGCUCCACACGGUGCCCGGGAGCCCAGGAGCAUCAGCACAACCACGGGGUUCAGACUGGCUCCCUGGCUUGUGUUGAGCUCCGGAAGUUUCCGGAGACGCAGGUUCCUGCAGCUCUGGCCAGUGCUGUGGGAGAACGUGAGGCUGGAGGUGUUGGACCAUUUGGCCACUUGCGGAAUAUGCUUUUUUCCCCCCAAUAAUUCUAAUAUAUUUUUAUUUUUUGACUGGAACCCUAGUGGUUUAAGUGUUGCUUUUCUUUUGUUGUUUAAAAAAAAAAAAAAAAAAA